UCAGCCGCCUGCCAGUACUUUGCCAGUAUCUGUAUCUUUCGCGCGCGCGUGGUGAACGGUUGUUUCUCGGCUCCUCGUCGGCGGAAUUGCAGUUUCUGCGAUUGACGACUUGUGCGACUCUCCACCAGCGUAUUCUCGAGUUUUAGUUCAUCGUUUUGUUGAUUGUUGGUGGUGCCAACCACGCUGGACUCGGGAACUAGAACGCUUUAUUGUCCCUCAGCCUGAAGAACAAACUUAUUUGUGUUUUGCGAGGACGGGCGGACGUACCUCGGCGUCGAAAGCGGAAAAAGCGCUAAAGCGAAAUAGCGAAAAAGUGCGAGUACAAAAAGCGCAGAGAGCCAGCAACAACUUGUUUUUUUUUUUUCGUCCAACCAGCGUUGUUGCGACAACAACAAAAAGGAAUAUAAUUAACCAAAAAAAACCAACAACGAGAGAGAAAAGCAGCCACCAAAUAUAUAACAACAAAUGCAUAAAAUAGUUUUGUUUUUUUGCCUCACUGCAAAAAUGCAGUCAGCGUUUGUUUGUCUCCUUAAAUGAACCCAAGCCCACUGUGAAAAACGAUAACCGGCAGAAAGCAGAGAAGGAUUAUCGAUAACCAGAGGAUAUCAGAGAGAGCGAGAGCGAGAGAGAUAGCGCAUUCCAGAGCCAAAGAGCGAGCGAGAGCGAUGGCCAGCGAGGAUGUGCAGAUUACCAGCGUCAUCGAUGCAAACGGCCAGAACUUGCCGCUCCACGGCAACAGCUUGGGCGGAUCACUGGGUCCGCCCGUCAAACAGGAGCGUCCCGAUGACGCCGAGAUCCGCGAACUGGCCGCCAAGAUGAAGGAGCAACAGAAGCAACAGGCCGCCCAGCAGGCAUCCCGUCAGGCGGCCAUGCAGCACUCGAAUGGCGGCGGCGGUGGCGGCUCCUCUGCCACAUCCGGCGGCAACAUGCAACCGCCGAUCACCAACGGCAACGGGCAGACGAACAUCAUGAGCUACCUGUCGCGGCAUCAGAAGCUACCCAACGGCACCAUGCAGGUGGUGCCCGCCUUGGCCGCCAACGGCCGCUCCAACGGGGCCAUCAGCGACUCCGCCGGCUCGGACAAGAAGUCCUCCUCAUCGGCGGGCCCCUGCGACGAGGAGUCGAUCAACGGCCACUUUGGCUGGGCCCAGUUCGGCAAGGUGUCCAUCCCGUACAUCUUCAGGCAGUCGGAGAAGUACUGCUCCGUCCGCAUGAUCGAGCUGAAGCUGCUGGGCAAGUACCUCAACUGCCUGCACCCCGACAUCUACUCCAGCUGCACCUGCGUGCGCAGCUACUACAUCACCGAUGCCGAGGCCCGCCUCUUCAUCGAGAUCAACCACAAGCACUGUGACAGCGAGUUCGGCCGCGACAUCUUCAAUCAAAAGGAUCUGGUGGUGCGGCUCAGCGAUGCCUCCAAGUUCUAUCAGUUCCUCGACAUUUGCUACCGCAAACUGGUCUCCGGCAGCAAGACGCCUUCGGAGAAGUGCGGCUUCAUUCGCAUCAACAAGGAGUCCGUGGUGCCCUACACUGUGCGCAAUAACCAGCAGGUGGUGCCGCUCUUCUACUUCGAGGGCGAGACGGAGAAUCUGAAGACCAAGGCGGAGCUGCUCAACGGCUGGGAUCUGGCCUACCUGAAGUUCUGCUGCAAGGUGCAGGGCAUUCGCAACGAGCUCUUCUCCAGCGAGAACGUGGCCGUCAUCUCGCUGACCGACAUCAAGAGCUACUUCCCCAAUGGCACCGAGUUCGAGGACUACUGGCCCAGCAAGGUGGUCGACUCGAAUCUGCUGAUCGGCAACAGGGCCAAUGUCAAUAACUCGGUGAACUGGACGCGCCAGCCCUCGGCGCCGCCGCCCAAGGUGACGACAUCGGGCUCGGGAUCGUCGAGCGGCGGAGGAGGAUCCUCCUCCUCCGGCGGUGGCGGUGGCCUGGGCCAGAACUCCUCCACGUCCUCGUCCUCGAAUUCGGCGGGUGGCGGCGGCGGUGGUCAACAGGUCACCUCCAAGUCGCAGCAGCAGCAGCAACAUGCCUCGGCAGCAGCAGCGGCAGCGGCCUCGGCGCAACAGCAGCACCUGAUGAAGCAACGCGCCGCCGCAGCAGCUGCCGCCGCCGGCGCCAAUGGGGUGGCCAAUGCGGCCAACAGUUUUGGGGCCGCCGCGGUGGCGGCCUUCAAUUCCCAGGCGGCGGCGGCGGCCUCGAUGCUCCAACAGUCGCAGGGCAACAACAGAAUGCUCUCCCAGGCCACCGUGCAGGCGCUGGCCAGCAGCGGCUGGAUGUCCGGCCAGAGCAACCUGCAGCUCCACGCCCAGAUGAUGGCCCAGCAAACGCACGCGUCCGCAAACCGCGUGGGAAGCUAUCGGGAGCACAUGAACAACCUGAUGAUGAGCGGCGGCAGCCGGCAGCCGUAUUCCUACAACAAUCCCGCGAUCUCCAUGUCCUCGGUGAACAACCACAGCGGGGGUGGCGGAAACGCCCCGCCGCCCCUCGUUCGCUCGGCGGCGGGCCAGAAUGGCAACCACAUGUCAAAUGUCGAGCAGUCGCUGGUGCAACAACAGCAACAGACACAACAACAACCGCAACAACAACGACACCAGAACAGCACAUUUAACAACAACAACAACAGCAACAACAACCAUGCACCACAGCAACACUCUUCACCAAACAACCAGAACAAUAACAGCCACCACCAUCAUCACCAUCAGCAGCAGCCACAUGCCCUGGCCAAAGGCCACGGCAGCACCAGCAACAGCAGCAACAGCAGCAACAUGAGGGGCAACAGCAGCAGCAACAACGCAAGCAGCAACAACUCCAACUCGGCGGCCGCUGUGGCCGCUGCUGCUGCUGCGGCUGGCUAUGUGCAGGCUCUUCUGGGCGGCGGAGGCUCUGCCGGUGGCACAGGGGGCGUGGCCGGUGGCGCUGGCGCCAGCAGCAACAAUGCCUUCAACUACAACCUGCCCUCGACGCGAGCGGACUACACGAAUCUCGCCCUGUGGAAUCAACUGACACCCGCCCAGCGUUUGCUCUUCAGUCAGCAGUUGAAAGGUGCCAGUACGGGCUCUGCCGUUGGUAAUGCCAGCAAUCCCAGUUCCAUUCAUCAUGCCAGCGGAAAGCAGAACUUUCCAGCCCUACCCUCCUUGCCACUGGACACCGAUCUGAUAACCAUGCUGGACUAUAAUAAUCCCAAUAAGGCGAACAAAAGCCAGAAGAGCGGUGGUGUUACGUUUACCAAACCCAUAGUGCCACCAUUGAUACCAGACGGUUCGGGUGCCGAGAUAACUCUCACCAAGAGCAGCAGAAGAGGAGGAGCAGGAGGUGGUGGCGCAGGAGCCGCUGAUGGAGGUGGAGGAGUGGCCAGCACUGGCAGUGGCACUACCAUACCGCUGAACUCCACUCAGGCUCUCGAGGAUUUCGAAAAGAAGUGCACCGUGAUGUCGGACGAGAUGCGGGCUGUCAUCCAAAAGGUUCUCGCCAAUCCGGAUCUCUCGACCUUCAUACAGACCAAUUCCAGUGGCAACAAUAGUGCGAGCAAUCAAAGUCACCUGGUGCCUUCGUACAUAUCGCCGCCGAUGUCGCCCUCGGUGGUGGGUGGCCUGAACAUGGGCAUGGCCAUGGGCAAUGUGGCCACCCUGACACUGGCCUCCAAUCCGAAUGUGACGAUAACGCCACAGCUGCCGGGGCACUUUCUGCAUUCGCCGUCGAGUUCGUGCUCCAGUUCGAGUGCCUCGAACACGGCGCCAUCUCCGCUGAGCAGUGGCGGCGGAGGAGGCGGCGGCGGCGCCGGAGGGGGGUCGGCAAGUGGGGCGGGUGGGGCAUCCGGCGGGGCAAGUGGUCGGCAAAAGAGCGUCAUUUGCUCGACCAAAAGCAAUAACCUACCCAUGGCCAUACUUUCGCUAGCUAGCAGUAAUAAUGCAUUGGGGGUUAGUUCAAAUUCAGGCGGACGACGGAACAAUAAUAACAAUAAUCAUAAUAGCAAUUACGGUCGUCAGACACACAGCCAAACUAGCAAUACACAAACCACCCAACAACAACAACAACAACAACAACCCACACCCACUGACGUAAUCGAUCUGUCCUCCUCCCGAAGGUCACUCGCUGCAUCGGCGGCCUAUUUGCAGCAGCACUCGUCAGCGGUCGCCCAGCAGCAGCAGCAGGUGGCAGCGGCAGCGGUGGCCCAGCAUCAACGUUUGGCCGCCGCCGCCGCCCAUCAUGCGCAGCAUGCCCAGCAGAAUGGACGCAGUUCCUCGAGCUCUGGCGGCAAUUCCGGCAGCUCCGCGAAUUCUUCAGGCAACAACAAUGGCACGAGUAACUCGGGCUCCUCCGGCAAUGGCUCAAACGGGAACGGUAGUGCCUCAUCCAAUAGCGCCUCCAUGCACCUGCAACGUCAUGCGGCACUGGUGGCGGCGGCCAGUGCGGCGGACAGUGCCCAGCGCCUGUGCGUCAUACCCGAAAUACCCACCAACAACAUGAACCUGACGCCCUACAAGGUGCAGAAGGUGUGCGUCGACAAGCACCUGGUGCCCUGCAUCAACAUGAAGGCCUACAACGACUCCGAGCAGCUGAUGACCCUCAUCGAGUUCCAGAAGAACUUCUUCCCCUCCGUGCCGCUGGAUCACUGCAAGCGGCUGAUCGAGGCCCUCGGCGUGGAGCUCUACAAGGCGAAUCGGCGACAGGUGCAAAUCCUGAUGGAGUACGACCGCAACUACAACGAGAACAUGCCGCUGGUGCAGGUGCGCGACAUCAUCAAGUACAUGACGCAGCUGACCUUCAUGACGCGCCAGCCGGAGCAGCCGCCGGCCAAGAGGACGCGCACGAGCUAGGAAUUAAGCUGGGGAGCACAACAUUUGCCACCAACAACAACCACAACAAAAACAACAGCAGCAGCAGCAAUAUCGACAACCAACACACCAAAAACACCACCAUCCAGCACAACAACAGUCACAACAAGUAACAACAGUGCAGCCACAGUUCACACAAGAUCAACAGCAACAUCAUCAGCAGCAGCAGCAGCGGCAGCACCUUUGGUGGCAGGCACUUCGUUAAGGAGACGAGCCCUCACACCGCCAGCGAAUGUGAGCGGUGGUGAAGCUCUGACCAGGCGGAGGGCACUAGCACCACCGCCAGCUCCACCAGUUCCUGCCACACCGCCGGGCACAGGAAGCCGAGGAUCGCCUGCAACAUCAGCAACACCAGCACACACCACCAGCAACACAUACGAAAUGUUGUACUCCCACAACCCACACCCGCACCACCCAGCCGCCCAGCACCACCACACAGCACAGCAGCACCACCAACACCAUCAGCAGCAGCAUGAGCAGCAGCGACUGCUGAAGAAGCGGCAGCAUGCAGAGCAGUCGGCCGCAAAAAAUCCCCGAACUGCUGCUGCGGCUGCUCAAAAGAUGGCCGAGGCGGAGCAUGCGUACUUAUCCAAUUUAUAUGGCAAGGCGGCGGCCAGCAUGCUGAGUCCACCGCUGGGCAAUGUCCUGCCCGAAUGGGAGCAGCAGAGGCAGCGAAGGACGCAGGCGGCGGCAGCAGCAGCAGCAGCAGCAGCAGCAGCAGCAGCAGUAGCACCGCCCCAGCAGCAACAGCAGGCGGCGGUGGCGCCACCCCAGCGACAUAUAAUGCAUCGCAGGCACAGCGUGUGUGCCGCUGGACUAGCCAGCCUGUCGCCCGCCUCCUCGACGCACUCCUCAUCGACGGCGUCGCCCACGGCGGCGGCAGCGGCCCUGGCCGCAGCAUCCUACUACGGCAGUGCAGCUGCAGCAGCGGCGGCGGCAUUUACGGCACCAUAUCAACACCAUCAUCAUCAUCACGCUGCAGCGGCAGCGGCGGCCCACCAUCAUGCGGCAGCAGCAGCAGCGGCAGCGGCGGCAGCUGCGGCGGCCCAUCACACACACGGCCAGCCAUCGCCCACCAUCUAUCCGCCCACGCCGCCGCCUUCGGCGCCCUGGGUGCAUCCUUGGUACGCCGGCGAUGCCGCCUUCUGAGCAAGAGAUCGUAGAUAGAGUAUAGAUCGUAGACAGAUCCAGAUACAGAUCCCAAGGGGCAAGCAACUCAAGCCCCACACUGUACAUUCGAGUUUCUAGUUUGUUAAGCUAUUUAUUAAAACGACAAAGAGUAAAACAGUAAACAAAAAACAAAAACCUAGAGAGAAAGUUAGAGAGAGAGGGUGCCCCCAAACAUUUUUUUUGCGUGCGUGUUCUGGAGGAGAUUAGGUUGUAAGUAGGCUAACUAAAACAAUUUCUGGGCAUUAUAUGUCAACUAACCAAUAAUCGAGGGAAACCUUAUCGAUGAUAUAUGGACUAGAGCUGCUGGGAUUUCGUUUGGUCAAACAACAAGAACAACAAAAGCAACAGCAAAACAACAAACAAACAUUUUUAACUGAGAACUCAAAGAACUGAUUACAUAUUAUUAUCGAAACACACACAGAGAGAACAACUCGUUUUCGUUUUCGUUUUUGAUUCGUUCGGAAUACUUAUUUUUCGUGGUUCAAAAGUCUUUUUCUAGAAAUAUUUACAUAAAUUAACAGAUAUAUGCUAUACAUGUGUAUUAUAUAGGUAAAGAGAGCCAAUAAACUCGUCAUAUUGUAAGCAAGAAAUGAAAUUUCUUGCGUUUCAAAACUAUGCAAAAUACAAAACUAACAUAGAAACUAAAAAUGCGAACUAAGCGAAAGCAACUAUUCAAAAAGUGAGUCAAAUUUUGUAAGCUAGAAGAAGAACAGAUCGCUAGAUCGUGAGAAAUUCCAUUUAAUAUCCAUUAACGUCUUAUCAUUGUCAAGCAUUAUCAUCAAAAGUUUCCCAAUCGAGCAGCAAAGCGUAAAUCCUAAGCAACUGUAUGAUUUAACAAUUUCCAAAUCUUACAAAUAACAUAAAAAGCUACAACUACAAAUUAAAAAGGCAAAACACAACAACGCAAAAUGAUAAGUUGAGAAGGAAACACACAAACAAGAACCAGAAAACUAUGUUGAAAACAUACAAAAAAAAAAACUUUAAAUUUAAAUACAAAAAAAGGAAAGAGAACUUAUGUUAUAUACAGUGUAUGUAUAUCGAAAUAUAUAUGUAUGUGUAUGAAAUACUUGAAUAUCCGUUUUAUGGAUUUAAGCAUAUUUUUUUUUUUAAAUAAUCAUAGUAAUUUUUUUUGUAUUGGCAAAACAUAAGGAUAUUUAUUUAAUACUAUGUUGCUGAUGUUGCACUUAUAAUUUCCUUUUACCUUGCUCACGCCACUCAUUUUUAUACAUUUUAGUUCAGUGCUGUUAUUUAAUUAUCUUGGGCAAUUGUUUAAAGGAAUUUAAUUGUAAGUCACGGAAACACUCACACACACAGACAGAGAGAGAAAACUAAGUAAAGGUAUAUUUAAAACUUUAUUAUUGUUAGGUUUAAAAGCCGUCAAAGUAUUUAUCAAAGCGUGUUUUCAUUUUUGGCAGUGCAGCAAAAAACUAAAAGCAUAACGGAAAAUAAAGAAAUGAAGCAAAACUAAACAGAAUCAA